CCGCCACCAUCCCACACCCUCGCGCAUCCUCAGUUCUCGCGCUGACGCUCCAGUGAACGGACUUAUUGUGUGACCCUCUCUCUUCUACCACAUGCAUCAACCAUCACCAUUAUUUCCAAGAGGCCAGCUACUACAGUACAUCAUUAACUACCCCACAGGUCAAGAAAUCAAGGCAAGCAAUUACACUGGAGCAGAAAAUCAAGGUGCUGGAAGCACUGCAGCGUGGAAAUGGUGGUUCAAGUGUGGGACGUCAAUUUAGACUGUCGGAGAACACUGUCCGCACUAUAAAGUUCAAUGAGGAGAAAAUUAGAGCAGCCUAUGCUUCACCUGAUGUUGCCAAGGGUAAACUCCACCUGAAGAUUGCUAUGUAUAUUGAGAUGGAAGAAGCACUGAACUUAUGGGUAGAAGACAUGCUGCGCCGAAAACUUCCUCUCACUGGCCCCUUGCUGCAAAACCAAGCCUACGAAAUACAGUCUCGGAUACUUGAAAAGGAAGAGAAGUCCAUCAAAGACAAUAUGUUCACAGCAAGUACAGGCUGGCUGUACAAAUAUAUCAAAAGGACGGGGCUACGGAAUGUGACGCUUUCAGGUGAAGCUGCAUCUGCCGACGCGGAGGCAGCCGAGGAUAUGAAGAAAGUUAUGAAGGAUAUAGUGUUAGAAAAUGGUUAUUCUCCUUGCCAAGUGUGGAAUUGUGAUGAAACUGGACUGUAUUGGAAAAAAAUGCUCAAGAAAACCUAUCUAAUGAAGAAUGACGAAAAAGCACCAGGGUUUAAGGUCAGCAAGGACAGACACUGACGAUUCUCAUGGCGAACCCAUCAGGCACCGCACGAAUGAAGCCACUCGUCAUCCACCACUCAGCUAGACCUUGUGCCCUGAAAAAUGUGCAUAUCCCGAAACUUCCUGUAAUUUGGCAAUCAAACAAGAAGGGGUGGAUGACUUCUGAUAUUUUCGAUGAGUGGUACAUCAGCCAUGCCACCCCAUUCAUCGAAAAUGUUAAAAAAAAUUGAACAUUAGCAAAAAGGCCUUGGUUCUCAUGGACAACGCAUCUAGCCCUCCAAACACCUGUGCAGUGUGAAUAAUGACGUAAACUUGACCUUCUUCCCUCCGAACGUGACUUCACUUAUUCAGCCACUAGAUCAAGGUGUUAUUGCCUUGUUCAAGAGAUAUUAUCUCAAGAAUACCAUGAGGCAAAUGGCUGAAGCUAUGAACAAGGACAACAAUAUGACAGCAGCAACGUUUUGGAAGAGUUACACCAUCAAAGAUGCCAUAGCUAACAUUGCAACUUGCAUGGAAAAGUGUGCCAGAAAGUGCACUAAAUGGAGUGUGGUGUAAUCUGUGGCCUGAGGUAGUCCAUGAUUUCAAGGGCUUUGAUGAAGGCUAGGACGUGAAAGACAUUAUGAAGCUCAUUAAGGAAGUGAGAGGUGAUUCAGGAUUUCAAGAAAUCCAAGAAGAUGUGACUGAACUGCUUGUUUGCAUGGAGGAUCCUCUCACUUCUGAAGAAGUCUUGGAGAUGGUGGAGAUGGCGAAAAAACACGAGGAAGCUACAGUUAAGCCCCAAACAGUGGGGAAGGAACUGACAAUUCCUAAGCUGAGGGAGUUUAUGCAGCACGUCACUUCUGCCACCCAGUCUGCACUGCAACAUGACCCUGAUAUGGAACGCAGUAUGCAAGUGGUGGAGGCGUUGAAUUGGGCUGCAUCUACGUACUUUCUGCUGCUAGAUCAACUGAUUAUGGCCCAGCAACAGAAGAAAAUCACCUCAAUCUUCUGUCCAUUAUCAACAGCUCCUGAGGUAGCUGGCCAAGGCCGUCAUCCAGUGCUUUCUGCGUGUCAGAUGUGUCAACAGCCACACCACUAGACAGUGAUGUGGAUGAUGAGCUGGUCGAGUUGAGCUCUGCAUCUUCAGAGGAUGAAUUGCCUUACUAAAGCGGCUUUACGAGAAAUUUUAGCUGCUCUGACUGGAGGGGAAGUAGUGGAGGCCUUAGAAGCUGCUCGGGAAGCUGCUGGUAAUGACAUGGUGGCCCUCAUGACCCGGGUGUUUCCUCUGGUAACUCAGGUCACCACAAAGGUCAUCAACAACUAUGGCUUCACUCAAGAUGGAGUUGGAGCAAUACAGUUUGAGCACGUGAUGAAGAAUCUUGGUCAGGAUGACCCAGAGGUUGCAAGACUUCAUGCACAAGUUCGAUCUUAUUUCCUGCCCGCCGUUGUCAUACCACCGUCAGGUCGUCCAUAAGGACAUGAGUACAUACAGUAUUAAUGUACUUCAAGUUGAAGCAAUACAUUUUUGUGACGAGUGUUCCCAUACUGAGGGAAAUCAACCUCUAAUUCAUUUCUAAAGGAUAAUGAUAUGUUGUGCUGCACCUGGUCAUUUAAUUCUGUUAUCUGAUGGAUUAUAUUUGCAUAUUAUUCUUUAAAUACACAGUAUUAGCCUUGAUUCUGUUUAUUUUUUUCUUGAGAGAUGAUAUACAAAAACAUCUAUUGACAGCUUCGAUGAAGCUACAUAGUUUUUUCACAAUUCAGUACACUGAUAUUUAAUGCUUUUUGAUGUAAUGAAGGAAAUAAAUUGGCACAUUUCCUGAAGGUGACACAUUGAGAAGAUAAUGUUGGCCCUCUUUGUGGCCCCAAGAUAAGUAGAGGCAGCAAAUAUGAACAAAAUAUUUUAGGCAUGAAUGAAAGGUUAAGGAAAUUGCCUAGUACUGUACUCAAGGCAGCAUCUCUAAACACUAUAAUAGGCAAUUACUGUAUAUUUGAAUGCAUUACAAAACUUCCGAGUAUGCUUAACUACCAUACUUAUAAACUGCAUGUCACUCAUGAUAUUGUACAGGGCUAAGCCAGAUGACCCUUAGAUCUAAAAUCAGUGCUCUUAAACCCUGUGUUAGUGUGGUAGGAGAUCUUUGUAAUGUAUUGUGUGGUAGAGUGUUUCACAAUCCACUUCUUAUAUCAGCAAAUGAGUACUGUACAGUAUUGUAUUGAUAUUUUUAAAUUACAAGUCAGCAAGUUAAGUAUAUCUUAGCUUCUUUAGGAACAGUCAGCACAUGACUUAUUCUUCCGAGUUGAAAGUGAAGAUUACAUUUUAAUUUUUGUCAUCAACAUUUAGUAAAGUGAAGAAUAUGGUUAGAGGUGGGCCACCUUCAGCCAUUUCUUGGGGUGUCAGAGGUGUUUUAAUUUGUAAAAUUAUCCAAACAAAAAUAUUUCUAGGACAAUUUUUUUUUCACCUAGUACUGUUGAUUUGUUCAACCCCAGACUCAAAGAAGGCACUUUCAACUUUUUCAAUAGUCUGUUGGCAGCUAAUAUGAACUGUGUGUACUUUCUACAGGGUGUUUUAGGAAAGUGCCCUGAAUGGUUAUGUUUACACUGCUGUCAUCUGUUAAAUACUAUACGUGGGGUUACCGAUACCCCACCAAAUUGUAGCUUUUGAAAUGCAAUAAAACAUUACAAGAUAACAUCUUAUGUCUGGCAUGGGAGGUGGCAGCAGUAUUAUCACCACUCUUCAGGAUGUUUUCAUAAUAUAGCUUUUUGGAAACAUUUACUGUAAUGUGACAAAUUAGUUUUGAUGUAAUGAAAUUAUUCCUUGUUACUGUGCUAAUAAAUUGUAUCCUAGCAGGUAAGGUCUGAUGUGAGGGAAGUGAGGGUGCCUGGGAGCCGAUGGUGUAUCUCAGAAAAUGGGGUCAAUCAGUGCAGAUUUAGAGAAGGGGUGAGGGGACCUUGGGAGUACUACUGUACUGUAUUCCUGACUGAGUUAGACAUUAUUAAAUAGUUUCUGUCAGGAAAUAUGGUACAGUAUACUGUAAUGUGAUUUUGAUGUAAGAUGAUGAGUGGACCUGGUUACAUUAUACCCAGGAUCACUGAAUUGAAAAAAAGGUAAAAUACUGUACUACUUUAUACAGUACAGGUAAAACAUGCACCACAGUACAGGUAUAUAUAAACAUCCUGCCUUAUCACAUCUUGGAUCAAAAGGUAUUGAAAAUUUUACACUGAGGAACUCGGAAACAAGCUCAGGAAUAUAAAGAUGAGUUCCACACAUGAAGGCUAGUUCUUAGAGGAAUAUAGCUUACUUUUAUAGAUUAUACUGUACUGUACUAGCUAUGGACUUUGUUAAGUAAUAUGACAUGUUCACGGGAUGAGUGUUAGAUAGAUUUGUGUACCAUUUUGAUAUAACUGAAUGAAACAUUUUACCUGUUUUGGAAGUUAAAAAGAUUAAACUUAUUAUACAGUAA